UUUCGACUCGACGCACGUUUGUUCUUUGUUACAUUAAAUUUAAAAUAUGCUAUAUUUAAGGCUAUAAGCUAUUUGCAAAUUUUACAAGCCGGAUAAACACGGAAAGACGAUCAAUCGCGUUAAUUUUUCGUCGCGUUCAGAGAGAAUAUAAGAGCGUUCCUGUGUACGUGCGUGCGAGUGAACUGUGCGGAAAAAGCAAUAAAAGUAUUAAUACUAGUGGAAUAAUAAGUAAAUCUAAGUGCAACAAUAACAUACACAUACCUAGCCUAUCCUUUUGUGCGCGCGACGCAAUAACUGGGCAGCUCUUGAAAGUAUGCUACACAAAUUUGUUUCAACGUGUUACUGCAAGAACAAGAACAACAACCAUCAACAUCCCACGCACUUUAUCAUAUAGACUGCGCUCAAGACAGAGACAGAGACGGGUAGAGAGUGAGAGAAAGAGAGGGAAAGGGAGAACAAGAGCAACAAACUAUAGCAACAAGAAGGCAAAAACAACAACCAGGAAACGACGUUACCAACUGGAAUAUAAAUAUAUAUAGAAAUUUCUACAACAAAAUUACAACAAAAAAGUAAAGCUGUUACUCCUAAAGGUAAACGGGGCCACCGACGGCAAUUACAGCGCUAAGAUGGCGUCCUCGCCGACACCAUCACUGGACUCGAUGCGGGGCGGGGCGAACUCGAUUGAAUCGUAUGAACAUGCCGGCUACCUAUCAGACUCCCCGCUCACGCUGAGCGGCUCAUCGCCACCGGCCAGCGAUUCGGCAAUCUGCAGUGACGAGUACACGGUCGGGAGCAGCGUCAAAUCCCGGUCCGAGGUGACUGUGAUCAAUGGCCAUCAUCCCAUCUCGGCCUCGGUCUCGUCCAGCUCCUCGGCUAGCUCCUCAUCCUGCUCAUCGUCGUCCUCAUCGUCAUCGUCCUCAUCAUCGUCCAGCAGCUCCUCGACCAGCGGUCUCAGCGGCUGCGGCAGCACCAGCAGCAGUGUGAUCAGCACCAACAAUGGAACCACAAGCAACGGGCCCGGUGUGAUUGGUAGCAAUCUGCAGGGCAAUGGCAACGGCAACAGCAACACGGGAAUCAGCAGCCUGGUCGUCGGAGCGGGCAAGGGGAGCAACAGCAGCAGUGCCAGCAAUGGCAGCAGCAGCUCAUCCAGCAACACAUCCGCCAAUGGAUCGCCGCCACGUUGCACCGCCUGCAAGAGCAAGUGCAGCGAUGCGGUGGCCAAGUGCUUCGAUUGCCAGAGCUAUCUGUGCGCCAAUUGUGUGACUGCUCACGAAUUUAUGCACUGCUUCAACGGACACAAUGUGUGCUUGAUCAAAGGGUUUGAAGCGAGCACCGGCUCACCCCUGGGCUCUGUUGGCUCACCGAGCAACAAUCCGGCCUCCAACGAGUUCAAGUACGCCAGCUCGCUGACCAUGAUGCUGCAGCAGCAGCAACAGCAGCUCGACUCACAACAGCAACAGCAGCAGCAGCAACAACAGCAGCUGCUGCCGACGCAGCCCAUGUCACAGCUCUCGAAGAUUGUGCUAGCCGCUGCCGCCCAGGCAAAUUCUCAGGAGCAACAGCGAGAGGAGAGCUCACUCUACGGCUCACUGCACCCACAACAGCAGCAGCAGCAGCAGCAGCAACAGCAGCAACAGAGGCAACUCUUUUGUCCGCGUCACAAGCAGGAGCUGCUGAAGUUUAGCUGUCGCACCUGCUGCAUUCUGGUCUGCAAGGAAUGCAUUGUCCUCGAACACUCAACCGGUCUGCACGAACUUGAGAAUGUGCAGUCUCCGGGAUUGACACCAGCAUCCAGCGCGGGAACCUCGGCCAAUGAGACAGCCUUGCAGACUCUGCUUGCAGAUAUGCGCGGCAAGAUUGGCGAGAUUGUGGGCAUUGCCGGAAACUCGGACCAGAAUCUCACCAAGGUGAAGCUGCAGUAUCAGAAGGCGCACAAUGAGCUGAACGAGACGCAUCAGUUUUUUGCCUCCAUGCUGGAUGAGCGCAAGACGGAGUUGCUCAAGGAACUGGAGUCCCUGUACUCGGCCAAGGUGAACAGCAACAGUGCGUGGCAACAGCGUUCCCGGGAUCUGAUCGACAAGGGUCUGGCCACCUGCGAGGCAGUGGAGCGGAGUCCUGCUCCACCAUCAUCACUGCUGGCGGAAGCCCUGCUCCUGCGCAAGUCCCUGGAGCAGCAACUGCAAACGGGCAUCCAGGAGAUGCAGCAGCCCUUCGAAAUGGAGUUUAUGUCCAACUAUCAGUCGAUUCAAGCGGGCGUUCGUAACACCUUUGGUUAUAUCCGGGCCAGCAGCUCCGAUGGAGGUCAUGCCGGUUUAAGCCUCACCAGCAACGGUCACGGAAAGCAACCACCGAUUGCUAGGCCCACACAGAGCGCAAGUAACAGCAGCGCUAGUAGCGCGGGCAGUGGUCAUCAUGGCGGACACCAUCAGCAGUCGCACCAUCAUGGCGGCCAUCACAAUCAUCACCAGGCGUCAUCGCAUCAUCAUCAACAGUUGCAGGCGCAGUCCUCGCUCCAUGGCCUUGGCCUGGGAUUGACUGGCAGCAGUCUGCUGGACAACAGCAGCUCGACUGGUGGCGGUGUUGGCGGUGGAGCCUUCAGCAAUGGCAACCUCCUCUUGAGCGGACGUGAUCGCAGCAAUGCGUUGGCCGUGGAGCAGCACUUUGGCGAGCUGAUGCCCAAGCGUGGAGGCGGUGGCUACAGCGGUAGCAAUGGAACUGGUGCCAACAGCACCGUGGCACACUAUAAUCCCUACGAGAAGUGGAGCAACGGCGGCAGCGAUAAUCUCUUUUCGUCUGUGACAAAUGGCGGAGGAGCAGGUAGCUCAUCGGUGGCCGAUGCCUUUGCCAGCCUGUCGUCGGUGGGAGUUGGCACCGUGGUGAGUGGCGGUGGCAGUGCCGUUAGCUCGGAAUCGCUCUUAGACUUGACCAACAAACUGCUGUCGGCCACCAUUUACCCGCCAAAGUCGCAGAUUAAGCGCCAGAAGAUGAUUUACCACUGCAAGUUUGGAGAGUUUGGCGUGAUGGAGGGACAGUUCACGGAGCCCAGCGGUGUGGCGGUGAAUGCCCAAAACGACAUCAUUGUGGCGGACACGAACAACCAUCGCAUCCAGAUCUUCGACAAGGAGGGACGCUUCAAGUUCCAGUUUGGUGAGUGCGGCAAACGUGACUCCCAGCUGCUGUAUCCGAACCGAGUGGCUGUGGUUCGUAAUUCCGGGGACAUUAUCGUCACCGAACGCUCACCGACGCACCAGAUCCAGAUCUACAAUCAGUAUGGACAGUUUGUGCGCAAGUUUGGAGCCACCAUAUUGCAGCAUCCGCGUGGCGUGACUGUGGACAACAAGGGACGCAUUAUUGUGGUGGAGUGCAAGGUGAUGCGCGUGAUCAUCUUCGAUCAGAAUGGCAAUGUGCUGCACAAGUUCGGGUGCUCCAAGCAUCUGGAGUUCCCCAACGGUGUGGUGGUCAACGACAAGCAGGAGAUCUUCAUUAGCGACAAUCGAGCUCAUUGCGUCAAGGUCUUCAACUACGAGGGACAAUAUCUUCGACAGAUUGGCGGCGAGGGCAUCACCAAUUACCCCAUCGGGGUUGGAAUCAAUUCGAACGGCGAGAUCCUGAUAGCGGAUAACCACAACAACUUCAAUUUGACGAUCUUCACGCAGGACGGGCAACUGAUCUCGGCGCUCGAGUCGAAGGUGAAGCAUGCCCAAUGCUUCGACGUGGCGUUAAUGGACGAUGGCAGUGUGGUGCUGGCCAGCAAAGACUACCGGCUCUACAUCUAUCGCUAUGUCCAGCUGGCGCCAGUGGGUAUGUAAACACACAAUCAACACACACACUCCAUGGAUGGGAGUCCGGAACAGGGAAGAGACCCAGACUGUCAUCCGGCUCUCUCAACCUCUCUGCUCUAAGCCUAGUUCUCUCAAUAGUCUGACUUGCGCGGUCUCCCCCCUCUAAAUACUAAAUCUAAAGCUUAAACUGAAUCGAAAUCUAUGAUCUGAGAAGGGAAACAACAGGAAGAGAUACAAAGAAACUGAAACCGAAUCGAAAUCUAAACAUACAUAUAUAUUGAUUGCCCCUAUUUCUCCUCUAAAAACUGUCGUACUGUCGUCGUCUCUCAUAGCCUAACGACUUACACACGCACACUGUUGGAUUGCUUUUUUAUUAAUUAUCUAUUUAAAUUAUUGUUGAAUUUUGUUUU